AACUCCAUCUUUGAAUUCGAAUCCAAAACAGAAUGCCGUUGCUCUGACCGUAUCUAGUCUAGGCAAACCAUGUCGAGCAGCCCGUUUCCGUAUACCUGUGAACUAUGUGGCGCGGAAGGCCUUACAGACGAGGGCAUGAGGACUCAUACACUGGAAGCCCACGUGGCAGGUCGUCCUGAUUGCCCGUUCUGUGACUGCACCGUUCCUCAGGCACAGCUGGUCAGCCAUGUACAGAGGGCUCAUCUACACUAUUUAACACCGGAAAGGGAGUUGAUGGCUUUUAUAGACGAUCAAAGUCCAAGCUUUGACGAUGAUUCCAAAAUGACAACAGACAGUUGUAGCUACAAUACACCCGGAUCUAUAAAUGGCUGGCACAGUCCAGACACCACGUCAUCAUACCACAACGGUGCCAUAUCUAAAAGCUCCUAUUACAAUGGUUUCCUAGAGAAAGAUAAUUAUCACAGCAAGAGUGAAAGGGACGACGAAAAGUUCUCGAGGUCACCUAAAAACAUCAAUCUGACUAAUGGCUUGAAAAAUGUUCAUAUCAAUAAUGGUGUUAUACCAAAAAAGAACUGCAGUAAAGAGAAUUCCAUCGAGCGCGAGGGAAUGAGCGUUAUUAAUGGGCAUGAUAAAAAAGGUAUUCACUCGAGCCCAAACCAUAAUAGUAAUGACAAUUCUCCGAAUAAGAAUAAGUUGACUAUGGCAAGUGCUGGUCAGGGUUCUCCACUUAGGUCACAACUAGCUCUAAAACUUAAAUCUAACACACCUAAGAAAUCUGCACCGACUCCUAGUCCUACAGUACAGUGUCUUCUGUGCGAAUUCAAAUCAACAUGUCCGCGAAAACUGGAGGAGCAUAUAAACAGGGCUCAUUUCGAUCUCACAUCGCCUUCUGUGAUGGCUAAUGCUAAUUCUAACUCCAAUAUCACCGAGAACGUGACCCUGGGGCUCAGCAACGCGACUUUGACCUUAGAAAACCCUACUUUAGCGUUGAGUGCCAUGGCCCUUUCCCCCGGACCUCACGGUUCCAAGUUUCAAUGUCCGAUUUGUGAGAGCGAGUUCGCUAAUGGAUCUGAUGUGGAAGUACACGUUAAUGUAGAGCACCGGGAUAUAUUGAGUCCUCAGAAGUCUGACCAAACGGACAAUGCUUCCUGUGAUGAUGUAGUUAUGAUGGAAGAGAGUCCAGUCAGCAACUGUCCUGUGUGCUGCCAGCCUUUGCCACUCUCGCAGAAUGAAUUGAUUCAGCACAUAGAGGAGCACUUUGAGAGAGGGGAAGAUGGUGGGGCCGCAACCCUCACAGCAGCCGAGAGGGAAGCUCAGAGGAAUAGGGAGGAGCAUGAAUUUCAACUAUUGCGGGCUCAAUACGGUAUGGAGGAAGAUGAGGAAGGCUACACGAGUCGUGCUGCCAGCAGUCUGAAGCGAGCCGUGUACAGCGGGGCACUCUCAGUUGCAGGCUACUAUGAGCGCAGUGUGGGACUCAAGAAGGCAACCGCUCAAGGCCUCGAUGCUGGAUGUUCUAGGACUAAUGGUAUCCUCGAGAGGAUAGCUCAGCUGAACUCGCAGAACCCCAGUAUAGCGAAAACAUACCUGUGCAGUGCGGUCGACCACUACGCAAGCACGUACGGAGACCGCGGCUGGGGGUGCGGAUAUAGGAAUAUGCAAAUGGUGCUAUCUUCUUUGGUGCGCCACCCGCCGUACGCGGCGCUUCUCAGCGGCGUCACGGAGCGGGAGUGCGAAUGCGUGCCUUCCAUACCAAGCCUGCAGCUGCUGGUGGAGAGGGCCUGGCAGCUCGGCUUCGACACACAGGGUUCAGAACAAUUAGGCUGUAAACUACACAACACAAGGAAAUGGAUUGGUGCUUGCGAGGUUGUCACCGUAUUGUCUUCACUUAGGAUAAGGUGCCAGCUAAUAGACUUCCACAAGCCGACGGCGGGCGACGGCAGUCACCCCGCGCUUUUCGACUGGGUGCUGCGAUAUUUCCAGAACGACCCAAACGCGUUCAAACCGCCGCUGUAUCUGCAACAUCAAGGUCACUCGCGAACAAUAAUAGGUUACGAGAGGCACAAAGACGGCAAGGCUACUCUACUAGUUUUGGACCCUUCGCAUUCUCCCGCGCAGGUACGGCAAGUGGUAUGCGGCAGUGCGUCUAGCAGCGCGACUGCGUUGCGACUGUUGCGUCGCGGCGCGUCCGCGUUGCGCGCCAAGCAGUACCAGCUGCUGUGUGUGAACGGGGUCAUGGCGUCCGAUACUGAGUAUCAGGCCAGUAAAGUCCUCCAAUCGGUGCGCAUACCUUAGGUGAAUUCCCCGCCCAGUGUUAACGGACUGUAUUCACGCAAGCCUCUCAUUAUACAAUAUACAUUAUACAUAAUUAUACAGGUACCCGCGAGCUGCUUGACACACCCUUGUAUAACUAUUCUACGAUAUAAAUAUUAGUUAGACAUUUCUCGGGUAAGGACUAGUGUUGUUGAAGAGAUUAUUUUAAUAUAAAAUAUACCAUACAAAUAUGUUCAUUUU